AUGGCAGAAACAUCAAUCUGUAGUCUCGAAAAGAGGACCAAAAUCGCCGAUCUCGUCCAGAUCGCGCCUGAGGACUUUUCCAAACAAAGCGCGGUCGCCAUAGAAGAUAACAUCAAUGCCAAGUAUUCCAACAAGGUAAUCCAGAACAUUGGUCUCUGCAUUUGCUUCUAUGACCUCCUCUGGGCGUCCGAGGGCCUUAUAGGCCACGGAACCGGCCUCGUAAACGUCAAUGGCAACUCGACACCACAAGGCAUUCACCUGAGAACCGACUUUUUCGACGACAUCUUUGUUCCCUACGACCAGCUCCCCGAGGGAUGCGAGUAUAAUCACUCUGAUCAACUUUGGAUAUGGAACGUAGAAGAAGAUCGACUCUACUUCGAUAACCACGAAAUGGCCCGCAUUCAAGUCAUAGAUGAAGAAUGGCACGAUCAAACCCCAGUCGGCCCCCUCCAGAGCUCCGAAGACAAUCCUCCCAAGCCGCCAUAUAAAAUCACGGGCAGCAUGCGAAAGGAAGGCCUAGGUCCCUGCCUCUGGUGGGACGGAUGA